AUGUAUCAUGAAGAAACAAAGCCGUAUUUAAGUUUUGACUGUCACACAUGGACUUUCAAAAAAUCUCCAAAGGAAACUGUCCUCAUUACAGGAGGAGGAGGCUAUUUUGGUUUCCGCCUAGGCUGUGCUCUGAACCAGAAAGGAUUCCAUGUGAUUCUGUUCGACAUCAGCAGCCCUGCUCAUUCUAUUCCAGAAGGAAUCAAGUUUAUCCAUGGAGACAUUCGCCACCUCUCUGACGUGGAGAGCGCCUUCCAGGAUGUGGAUGUCACGUGUGUGUUCCAUAUUGCCUCUUAUGGCAUGUCGGGGCGGGAGCAGCUGAAUUGGAGCCUGAUUGAAGAAGUCAAUGUGGGGGGCACAGACAACAUCCUCCAGGUUUGCAGGAGGAGAGGGGUGCCAAGAUUUGUUUACACCAGCACUUUCAAUGUCAUCUUUGGAGGUCAAGUUAUCAGAAAUGGAGAUGAAUCUCUGCCUUACCUACCUCUUCACCUCCAUCCCGAUCACUACUCUCGGACCAAAUCUAUUGCAGAGAAGAAGGUGCUGGAGGCCAAUGGUACCAGCCUGGUAAGAAGUGAUGGUGUCUUAAGAAGCUGUGCUCUUGGGGCGCCUGGAAGCUGUGCUCUGCGGCCGGCUGGUAUCUAUGGGCCUGGAGAACAAAGGCACCUUCCCAGGAUAGUGAGGUACAUUGAGAGGGGUCUGUUCAAGUUUGUGUACGGAGAUCCUAGGAACCUGGUUGAAUUUGUCCAUGUGGAUAACUUGGUACAGGCUCACAUUCUGGCCUCAGAGGCUCUGAGAGCUGCCAAGGGCCGCAUUGCCUCUGGGCAGCCCUACUUCAUUUCAGAUGGCAGGCCCGUGAACAACUUUGAGUUCUUCCGGCCUUUGGUUGAGGGCCUAGGCUACACGUUCCCAUCUGUCCGCCUGCCGUUGACCCUCGUCUGCUGCUUUGCUUUCCUAACAGAAGUGGUUCACUUCAUUUUAGGUCGACUCUACAACUUCCAGCCCUUCCUCACCCGCACAGAAGUUUACAAAACUGGCGUCACACAUUACUUUAGCCUAGAGAAGGCCCAGAAGGAGCUCGGUUAUGAGCCUCAGCCAUUUGACCUCCAGGAAGUAGUAGAAUGGUUUAAAGCCCAUGGUCAUGGCAGAAGUCCUGGGAAUCGUGACUCUGAGUGUCUUUGGGAUGGGCUGAUGGUCUUACUCUUGGCUAUAGCAGUUCUCACGUGGCUGCCUACUUUUAUGGUUCUGUCACUAUGAGGGAACUAGAAAUAAGGACCUGAACACACUUGCUGAGAUGGUUUUCAAGAACUAUGGGUUUAGGGCGCCUGGGUGGCUCAGUUGGUUGAGCGACUGCCUUUGGCUCAGGUCAUGAUCCUGGA